CUCUAAACCCUCUCGUUUCUCUCUCUCUCCCUCUUCACCUGCACCAUAUCUCUGACCCGGCGAAGCUAGCCGUCUCUCUCCAACCGCAACGCGCCGGAGAGUUGUGAGAGUCAUGAAGAAGCUUAUAUCACUUGUCAGGAACGUUCACUCGCGCCAAUGCCAACCCAAACUAAACUGGUCUGCGCAAGUGCGUUUCUUGCAGCAAGACACUGUAUCCAAACCCAAACCCAAGAAAUACAAAUACCCAUCAUUUUACGAUCCCUACGGUCCUAGACCCCAGCCUUCAAGCAAGAUCGUGGAGCUAGCUGAGCGUAUAGCUGCGCUAUCUCCAGAGGAGCGGAAACAGAUCGGUCCCGCGCUCAACGAACACCUCAGGCUCCCGAAACAGCAGAUGAUUUCGAUUCAAGGCAUGUUGAGUGUGGGAGCGAAACAAGAGGCUGGAGCAGGGAAAGUUGAGGAGAAGAAGGAGAAGACGUCUUUCGACGUGAAGCUGGAGAAGUUUGAUACAGCUGCGAAGAUCAAAGUGAUCAAAGAAGUGAGAGCGUUCACGAGUUUGGGUCUCAAGGAGGCGAAGGAGCUUGUGGAGAAAGUCCCUGUGGUGAUUAAACAAGGUCUGACGAAGGAGGAAGCUAAUGGAAUCAUAGAGAAGAUCAAAGCUGUAGGUGGAGUCGCGGUUAUGGAGUAAGUGAUUUUGUGAACACUUAUGUUUUUUUUUUCUUGUGUUUUGGUUAUUGUGUUUGGUCACAUCUUGGCACUUACAGUGUAAUAACAAAUCAGUUAAACCGUUAAGUUUACAAGAACUUGGUUUCAAAUUUAAACUU